AUGGCCAACCUCGAGACGUUCGCCCGUCUGGUGUUGCGGGAUGAUGACGACGCGGAGCCUGCGCCGUCCUGUGACACUGGCAAUGCAUACGAUGGUCGGAUGGGGUUGCGGAUAGCUGCGCUCUUCAUCAUCUGGGUUACGGCGUCCAUCGGUACCGUGUUCCCCAUUUUUGCCAACCGGCAUCGCGGGAUGAAGAUUCCUGACUGGGUUUUCUUCAUCUGCAAAUACUUCGGCUCCGGCGUCAUCGUUGCAACAGCCUUCAUUCACUUGCUUGGGCCGGCCGAAGAAGCCUUGACCAACGAAUGUCUCACUGGUCCUAUCACCGACUAUUCCUGGGUCGAAGGAAUUGUUCUGAUGACCAUCUUCGUUCUCUUCUUCGUUGAGCUGAUGGUGAUGAGGUAUGGCAAUUUUGGCUCGGGGUACAAUGAUAAUCAGGCACACACACAUGGCGCUGAUGGGAACCCAUCGAUGGAGACCGAGUUGACCAACACCACGGCUCGUGAACCAUACAAGGACACCGAUCCUUCAGUGACAGAUACCGAUGCCGUCAGGCAAGACCGCCGCAGUAUCUCAGUGCCUGGUGAAGAUCACCUUGGACACUCUCGAGAACAUAACGACAUCGAGGAAGCCGCCAAUCCGUUCAGCUUCGAGGACUACAAGGCUCAGAUGACGGCCAUCUUCAUCCUGGAAUUCGGCAUCAUCUUCCACAGUGUUUUCAUUGGCCUCACUCUUGCCGUAGCUGGUAACGAGUUCGACACCCUUUUUAUUGUCCUGAUCUUCCACCAAACGUUCGAAGGCCUUGGUCUCGGAUCCCGACUUGCCGUUACACCAUGGCCGAAAGACCGCAGAUGGACUCCUUACGUUCUGGCUCUUGCCUACGGUUUGAGCACGCCCAUCGCCAUUGCCAUCGGCCUGGGUGUCCGAAAGUCUUAUCCUCCCGAAUCUGCCACCACCCUCAUCGUCAAUGGUGUGUUUGACUCAAUCUCCGCAGGCAUUCUGAUCUAUACUGGUUUGGUGGAGUUGAUGGCGCACGAGUUCAUGUUUAGCAGGGGCAUGCAGAGGGCCAAAAUUCAGACGGUGCUGGGAGCCUUUAUCACAAUGUGCCUGGGAGCUGGUUUGAUGGCCUUGCUUGGGAAAUGGGCUUAG